UUAAGCCGCCAGGCUGUCAGAGUUCAUCGUGGCCUGAACAUUUCUUGUAACUUUGUAUCAGAAACAGUUUUUUUUUUAUUUUUUUUAAAAAAAGAAGUACAAUUGAUUUUGUUUUUGACUCGAUUUAAUUGUGUAAUUCAUGCCUUUUUCUGUGAUAUAUUAUUAAUUAAGACAGUUUUCUAAUUAAUCAAAAUUUUUUUAUUCGAAAAAACGAUUCGAAAUAACACCACAAAACAUAUAAACAGGGACAAGAAACAUGUCAUCGUCGGGCGAUUUUGGUAAUCCGUUACGAAAAUUUAAGUUAGUUUUUCUUGGUGAACAAAGUGUUGGGAAAACUUCAUUAAUUACUAGAUUCAUGUAUGACAGUUUUGAUAACACGUAUCAAGCAACGAUUGGUAUCGAUUUUUUAUCAAAAACAAUGUAUUUGGAAGAUCGUACAGUUAGAUUACAAUUAUGGGAUACCGCUGGACAAGAACGGUUCAGGUCACUGAUACCAUCAUACAUCAGAGAUUCAACAGUUGCGGUCGUUGUGUACGAUAUCACAAAUGCAAACUCAUUUCACCAGACAUCCAGAUGGAUUGACGAUGUGCGAACUGAACGUGGUACGGACGUCAUUAUUAUGCUUGUAGGUAACAAAACUGAUCUGUCAGAUAAACGACAAGUGGCCACCGAAGAGGGCGAACGUAAAGCCAAGGAAUUAAAUGUUAUGUUUAUUGAAACUAGUGCUAAAGCUGGCUACAACGUUAAACAAUUAUUUAGACGUGUUGCUGCCGCUUUGCCUGGUAUGGAUUCCACAGAGAAUAAACCACCAGAAGACAUGCAAGAAGUUAUUUUGAAAGACACACCAAAUGAGGUACAAGACGCUGACGGCGGUUGUGCAUGUUGAAAGCGAAAAACAAAAACGAACCAUCCAAAAACAAAACACAGUCUACACAAUAAAAAAAAAAAAACAUUUUUUAUUUUUUAAUUAUUUUUUAAUUUACUUUCAUUUUUUUUUGAAAAUUUGCAUAAAAAUUCCAUUUGUUACUAGCUUUCUAAAAAAAUCACUCACAAAACUUUAAUUUAUUUAGAUUUAAUUUUUAUUCGAACGAAAUUUCUAGUUUUAUUCUAUUGGGUAGCUUUCAAUUCAUUUAUUUUUCGAUAUAUAAUAAGCCUAAAUUCUUUCCCAGGGUGGCAAUCCAGGAUCACCUAGAAAACUAGGAAAUGUCAGGGAAUAAUCAGGGGAACUGUUUCAAUUUUACAAAUCGAAAUAUUCGCAAGUUGAAGAUUGAUUGAUCGAGUUUGAAUGAAAUCCUGACCUGAAAAACUUUAAAAGCCUGUCAAGGAAUGUUGAGAUACUGGAAAAGUCAGAAAGUUUGGGUAUCGAUCAUGGAUUAUAAAAUAAUUACUUUGAAUCUUUAGAAUUUAAUGCUAAAGAUCUAAUUUUUCAUCGAUAUCUCCGAAUGUAUUUUCUACAUCGAUUUUAAUCACAAAAUAUCCGAUUUUUUGCUUCGAUUUAUGUUAACGAAUGUUUUUUUUUAUCAGAAUAUGACGCGAAUAGAGAUUUCUAUAGUUUUCGAAGGGAAUAUUUUCAAAUACUUUGAAAAUAGUCGACUAUAAAAUCAACGUCGACUCGAAGUAAUACCAAACUAUUGAAAUAAAUAGAAAACCUGGGAAUUUCAGGGAAUUUUGAUAUUCUGGAAAAAUGAGGUUUAGUAUCGGUCAGGAAGAAUGAUCUUUCAGUUUUUAAAAUUUAAUUUUGAAAACUUGAUUCUUCAUCGAUAUCUCGGAAAUAUUCUGUAACAAUUUUAACCUCAAAAAUUACGUUUUUGGAUUCGAUUUUUUUAUCAGAAUGCUGCAUAUUUCAAAUAGAAAAAUUUCCAAUUAUCGAAAGACAAGGAAUUCUUGAUAUAAUCAUUGAAAAGCCCAGAAAUUUCUUAAGAACAAUUUGAUCUCUCUCCCUUUUAAGAUUCUAAACACCCAAAUUAUAGUUUCCUUUACAUCCAAAGAGAAAAUAAGCCAAUACCGUCCAAAAAAUUUCCUCUUGAUAUUUUUAUAAUAUCAGAACGAAUUAAUGUGCAAUUUAAAAUAUAAACGCAAUGCGCAUCCGCAAAAGCAACCCGUUUAAAGAAAUAGGCUUAUUAUAUACAUUCUUGUUGCGAAUAAAACUUGAAAUUCGUUUUUCUUUUUAAGAGAUCUCAAUCUCACCCAAAAAAAAAGUAAUUAUGUGUUAAAAUAAUUUAUAUUAAAAACUUAUAUUUUUGUCACACAUCCCCCUCCCCUAUUUUCAACUACCUUACCCUCACCUCGUCCCUCCUUUUCGCUCAUAUUAUUUUUAACAAAAUUUACUAAUAAACGACUACUAUUUUUUGAUUCCAAACUUAAAAA